GGGGUCGGUGGCUCCGCCAGCAGAGCGGGGCUUCAGGAUGAGGAUACCCAGAGGAGGACGCCUGUUCCUGGCGACGUGCCUCGGCUCGCUCUUCGUUCUCGUGCUCUACCUUCAGAGCAUCACCAAGCCAGAACCUGGUGUGAAGACUGGCAGCAGACCAGGGAAAAGCAGGAGAAGUCCACUGCAGACGCUCUACAAUGGAGACCAGCAGCUGGAGCUGUUGGCAGCUCAUAGGUCCCUCCAAGGCCGCAGGGAGCUGUUGGAGCAGGCAUGUCUGAGCCACAUGAGGAAGCGCCGGGUGCUUUCGCCAGAGGAUCUCAAACACCUCAUUGUGGAUGAUAAACACAGCCUUAUUUACUGCUACGUACCCAAGGUAGCCUGCACAAAUUGGAAGCGUGUCCUUAUGGUCCUCACUAGUGACGGCCGCUACACUGACCCCCUUGCCAUCCCUGCCAACGAGGCGCACGUAGCUGGUAAGCUCCGCACCCUUUCCGAGUUCUCAGUCCCUGAGAUCAACAAACGCCUUCGCAGCUACCUCAAGUUCAUCUUUGUGCGAGAGCCCUUCGAGCGGCUGGUUUCCGCCUACCGGAACAAGUUCACACGUCGCUACAACACCGCAUUCCACAAGCGGUAUGGAACCAAGAUUAUCCGCCGCCACCGGCUCAACCCGGAGCCCGAAGCACUGGAGAAAGGGAAUAACGUUUCUUUCCACGAGUUUGUCCAGUAUCUCGUGGAUCCUCGGACCCAACGAGAGGAACCUUUCAAUGAGCACUGGGAGCGGGUGCACUCCCUGUGCCACCCCUGUCUGAUCCACUAUGAUGUAGUGGGGAAGUACGAGACUCUGGAGCCAGAUGCUCAGGCUGUGCUCAGGUUGGCUGGAGUGGAGGGGGUACUUAAAUUUCCAACAUCAGGAAAGAGCACCAGGACUGACGGCAACAUGGCAGCACGCUUCUUUAAGCACAUCAGCCCUUUCUACCAGAAGAAACUGUUCAACCUGUAUCGAAUGGACUUCCUGCUCUUCAACUACUCCACACCAGAGUAUCUCAGGACUCGAUGAGGGGCAGAGGAAAGGGAACUGACACCAGUGCCAUGGAUAGAUCGGUUGUGAUAGCUUACCUUUCACAUCCCAUUCUUAAUUGUUAGCUAUAAUCAUUUUGCACUUUUCAGUUGCCAUGGACGGUUUUCAUCCCUGCGUAGGGUGGUCCAUCACAGGCACAGACAUGUCACUACUACUCUCCAACAAAAAAACUGGCUGUGGAGACUGACUUGAUUUCUGGUUUCAGUGAAUGGAUUUUUUGGGAGAAAGUUCCCAGAAUUUCUCAGAAUUUCUUCCUGAGAAGGAAAAAGAUUUGUUUGUGGUGUUUAUCAGAACAGAAUGCAGACGGGUGGUUCCCAAAAAGUGUUUGAAAGUGCAGGUGAUGCAUUGACUUUACACACCUUCACACUUUCUGUCAGGUCAUUAGUGAGAAUUGAGUAUUUAUUCUCUGUUUAUCGGAGUCUCAUUUCUCGCCUAGACCUUGGACGUUUAGGUUUUUGUGUGUUAGAUGUAGCUGUGGAGCUGGUGUGAUGUGCCUUACCAGCCUUCCUGCGGUGCCCACUACAGUAAAGGUUUUCCCAUGGCUUGUUCUUCUGAGCCAUAAAUUAAAAGUCACGCUUCAGAGGAGCAGGUUCUCCUCUUGAGUGGGUAUACAGGUGAAUAUGCUGUCUGUGAAACACAGCAGAUUAUCUCAAAGCGCCUACAGUGUAAUAUCUCUGGAAGGCCUUUAUUUAUGUAUGCCAGAACAUGAAGUAUUUAUUAUGGAAAUGUGUGGAUCCGGGCUCAUGAUUUUGUGAAAAUUAAUUUUAUAUGAAACCAUUUUUUUUCUUUCAGAGGAAAUAUUUACUUGCAUGGAAAGUGACUUGCUGUCUUGGCUUUUGCACAUAAACUGAUGCCAAAUAGAAAUCUUCUCAGCAACUCUAACCUUAUCAUAUCACACUUUUUUUUUUUUUUUGCUGAAAAACGACAUCCAGGGCCUGUCUUAUCCCACUUGUCAGAGCACUCGUUGACACUAUCUUUAAAUUUAUAUCUGAGAGGCAUUUCCAGGGAGACGUGCAGUCACUCGUAAAUCUCAGCAAAAGCUUGUUGCCAUCCCUCCUCUAUCGCUGUCUGUAUUUAGCUCUGGGCAGGUAGGCUGAACAAACAACCACAUAGCUGUGGUCAGGGCUGGGUCCAGCCUAGCGCUGCUCCCAGUCAGAGCUCCCCUUGUUAGGGUGUAGGCAGGCACAUUAGGGGUUAAUCCACCCACAGUCAUCUCCACUGCACUGAACGGCCCUGUUCAGCAAGUGUCAGUGAAUUUAUGCUAAUACUGCAGAGGUUAAUGUAGGAAAAUGUUUAUUAAUGACCUGUAUCACAAAAAUAUCAGGUUGAACUAAUGGAUUCAUAAGUUUUUAAAAAUUUAAAAGGGAACACCAAUUUUACACAUCAGAGUCUGUUUACAGGUGUCGUAUAAAGCCUACCAGCAAAUUUAAAUGUCUGUACUUCAGCACAUUCAGUUUGACAUAAAAUACUAGAUACUACAUGUAAGUGCCAUACAUCAGCUGUGAGUAGGUUUACAUCAACACUGUGUGGGAGAUGCAGCUCUUUUAACACAUAGUACCCAAAGUUGUUCUAAAUCACUAUAUUUAAUAUUUUAUGGGAAAUGCUUUACGGUCAGUGACUACAUGAACUCUGAGACCCACAGACAUCAGCUGGCACUUUGUAUUGUCACAGCAGCAGAGUUCAGCUCUUGUUUGUUUUAAGUAUCUUGUGCGUUUGAUUCUGAAGAGCAUCAUAUAGUCUGCUCUACAGAAGGUGGAAUACAGCUCAGUCAGAUUGUGACUCCACCAGUAACAGACAUUUCACCUCAUCACCCUGAAAAACUCUCUGUUUGCUGUGUUUGUUUAUGACCAUCGUCCUGCUGAAUGAUGAAAUCUCAUCCAAUGAGUUUUGAUUAAUUUGGCUGAAUCCGAGCUCAGGAUGCUGCUGUAGACCUCUAUAUUCAUCUUGUUGCUUCCAUCAGCAGUGAAAUAAUCAAUAAAAUGCCAAUGGGCCAGUUCCAUUGGAGCCAUACAUGACCAAGCCCCAACAGAACCAGCACCGUGUUUGACGGAUGAAGUAAUUGUUUGAUCUGUUUGUUCAUUUUAACAGAGGUUGGUUUUUGUUUCACCAGUUCAUACAGAACUCUACCUUUGAUACCUCUGACAGGUUAUUGUUUUUGAGCCUCGUUAUCAUCUUCAUCACUUGGGUGGUCGUCUCUUUGCCCCUCAUACUGACAGACAGCUCCACCUCAGUUAAGCUCUCAGUCAACUCUGAGCUGAACCUUUGCAAUCUGGGCUCUAUGUGUUAAAUGUUAUAUUUCACAUUUCUUUCUAUACUGAUGUGAACCUACUCAGUUAAACCUGAGACAUGGCAUGCUAAUGUAGUAUCCUUUACUAGUAUUUUAUUUCAAAUUGCACAGAAGCACAGAGGCUGAAGAACAAUAAAAAUGUGUAACUGUCCAUAUAUUUGCAGUGUGGACUGUAAUGUUUUGUCUCCACAGUGUCUCAUCCCUGAUCUAACCUGGACGAAUUGGAAGCAUUUAGUGCUGGGAUUAAUGUGGAUCUGCCAUGUCUUUGUUUAGCUAAUUCUUCCUGAGAACAACAAGAAUUCACCACAAAACAACAGAAGUCAACAUUUCCAUUAAAGUAGACAUGUCCCACAGUGAGGAUGUUAGUGACAGUUGUCCUCAAACAGUAUACGCAUGUCAAGACAAGUUGGCGCUGAACUUACAGCUUAGUGUCUUUAUUUUUCAGAUUUCUUUUAUAAAAUAUUUCAUUUUGGUCCAACAGGUCUGAACAGGCCCACUCUGGGAACGUUGUGUUUUUCUUGCUGUAGUCAUGCUUCGAAAGGUGCAAUAUCUGUGUGUGUGUGUGAGCCAUGUGUUGCUGCCUUUUUCAUUAGUGACUUCCUCUUUUAUUCAGUCCUUAAAUUUUGUGCCAUCGUGCUUAUGCCACAUUUUAUUUUUCUGUUUGGCUAUGAUUGCAUGAUUGCCAUGGAUUACAGGGUUUUCAUUUGUAAUGUUCUCCUUUGUAGGAGUGUGUGAUUUAAGCCAUAAUUUGCAAGAAGCUGUGACUUGCCAAAACCCAAUCACACCCUUAAUUUUUUUUUUUUGUCCUUCCUUCUGGCUCCAUGACAUGCUGCAGAAAAUAUAUGUUUUACCUUUUAAUUUCCUUUUUUUCCCUGGAAAAUACAGAAUACAAAUAACAAGUAGCAAGUAGAGGGAUUACACAUACUGUGUUUCCACCUCAGAUACCCAGACGCUGCUGUGCAUGAGCACAGCUAGUCAGACACGUUUAGCUUAUUUUCAAUAGAAAUGUUCCUUUAGUCGGACCAGUGACUCGGUGAGUCACAGUGAAGAGACGGUGAACAGAGCACAGUCUGAGAGAUUCUCAUGCACCAGUUGAUUUGUGCCACAAAACUGUGAAUGUGAUAACUGAAGUGCACUUGCUGAUGUGAUGAUUGACUGGCUGGUUACCUUGAAGUUUCAACAAAUACAUUCCCUU